UUCUCCGGUUACGGUUCAGGACUGAUUAAUCUCCCUGUCGUAUUCUAUACCCAGAGAAGCAGGAAUAGUUGUUUCUUGUGAUCCUUGAUGCUGACAGUUUAAAAGAAAGAGGAGUGCCCUAGAGUUGUCUUGUGUAAAAUUUAACAGGAAAAAUGGCCACCAUGGAAUCCCCUACAGUUUUAUCAGUUCUCCCUAUCCUUCUGCUCCUGGUAGGACUAUGGUCCCCUAUAUCCCUCCUAGAUGAGAACAAGACUAACCUUAGGAUUCAAGAUCCGCAAGAGAUCCUCUUACAACUAAAGCAUGUUGAAGAAAUACCUAAACUUCUUCCAAAAUCAUCUUUUCCCAAAAUCCAAGAUGGCGUCGUUGUAAAACAAACAGAAAAUUGUUUCAGCCUAAAGAAGAAAUUUUGCACAGAAGUCAAGGAAUCAAAUCAGGAGGAUGAUCCCAAAAAUUGGACAGAUGAUCCCAAGAAUAUGACAGAUGAUCCCAAGAAUAUGACAGAAGAUCCCAAGAAUAUGACAGAAGAUCCCAAAAAUUGGACAGAUGAUCCCAAGAAUACGAUAGUUGAUCCCAAGAUUAGGAUAGAGGAGGACCAAGAUGCCUUUAUCCUUCCCCCAGACACAAAAGAUCAAAUUACAAACAUUUUUAUAGAAAACCAAACUCCAAUUACUUUAGUAGAAAAUCAAGAUCCAAGUAUUCUCGGUCUUAAAGAUCAAUCUUCAACUGCCUUGGAAGAAGAUCAAGCAAAUGAUCAAGCUCUAAUCGAUGAUCAAAUUUUCAACAUUCUUGUAAAAGAUCAAACUCAAAAUACUUUAACAGAAGAUCAAUCUCAAAACAAUAUGAUAAAAGAUCGAUCUCAAGAUCAAGUUACCAAUAGCCGAACAGAACAUAAAAACCCUGAUAUUCUUGAAGAAGAUCAAGCUCCAUAUACUCUUACAGAAGAAUUUUAUGAUGCUCUUACAGAAGAUGAUACUCCUGAUACUCUUGUAAAAGAUGAAUCUCCUGAUACUCUUACAGAAGAUGAAACUCCUGAUACUCAUGUAAAAGAUGAAUCUCCUGAUUCUCUCACCAAAGAUAAUACUCCAGAUAUUCCAGUAAAAGAUGAUACUCCAGAUAUUCUUUCAGGAGAUGAUACCCCAGAUAGUCUUGCAAAAGAUGAAUCUUCUGAUACUCUAACAGAAAAUGAAACUCUGGAUACUCUUGCAAUGGAUAAAUCUCCUGAUACUAUUACAGAAGAUAAUUCCCUGUAUACUCAGGUAAUAAAUCCUGAAGAUGAAGCUACUAAUAUUCAUGCAAAAGAUGAAUCUCCUGAAACUCUUAAUGAAGAUAAUGAUCAGAAUACUCCAGAAAAAGAAGAAUUUUUUGAUGCUCUUACAGAUGAUGAUACACUGGAUACUCUUGUAAAAGAUGAAUCUCAUGAUACUCUUACAGAAGAUGAAACUCCUGAUACUCUUACCAAAGAUAAUACUCCAGAUAUUCCAGUAAAAGAUGAUACUCAGGAUAUUCUUACAGGAGAUGAUACUCCGGAAAGUCUUGUAAAAGAUGAAUCUUUUGAUACUCUAACAGUAAAUGAAACUCCAGAUACUCUUGCAACAGAUGAAUCUCCUGAUACUCUUACGAAAGAUGAUACUCUGUAUACUAAGGUAAUAUCUCCUGAAGAUGAAGAUACUGAUACUCAUGCAAAAGAUGAAUCUCCUGAAACUCUUAAUGAAGAUAAUGAUCAGAAUACUCCAGAAAAAGAAUUUUUUUUUGAUGCUCUUACAGAUGAUGAUACUCCGGAUACUCUUGUAAAAGAUGAAUCUCCUGAUACUCUUACAGAAGAUGAAAAUCCUGAUACUCAUGUAAAAGAUGAAUCUCCUGAUACUCUUACCAAAGAUAAUGCUUCAGAUAUUCCAGUAAAAGAUGAUACUCCGGAUAUUCUUACAGGAGAUGAUACUCCGGAAAGUCUUGUAAAAGAUGAAUCUUCUGAUACUCUAACAGAAAAUGAAACUCCGGAUGCUCUUGCAACGGAUGAAUCUCCUGAUACUCUUACGAAAGAUGAUACUCUCUAUACUAAGGUAAUAAAUCCUGAAGAUGAAGAUACUGAUACUCAUGUAAAAGAUGAAUCUCCUGAAACUCUUAAUGAUGAUAAUUCUCAGAAUACUCCAGAAAAAGAUGAUACUUCUGAUACUAUUGCAAAAGAUGAAUCUCCUGAUACUCCUACAAAAGAUGGUGCUCCAAACACUCUUGCGAAAGAUAAAUCUCCUAAUACUCCAGCUGAAGAUGAAUCCCCCAAAACCCCAGCUAUGGAUAAAUCUCCCGAAACUCCAGAAAAAGAUGAGUCUCCUGAAACUUUCACAAAAGAUGAAUCAUUUAAAACUCCCAACAAUGAUCAACAUCUUGAUACUCUUAUAGAAGAUCAAUCUCAUGAUCAAGCUCAUGAGUCUCCACCCGAAGAUCAAGCUCAUAACACUCCUACAGAAGAUCAAACUCAUGAAUCUCCUAUUGAAGAUCAAAAUCAUGUUACUCCUAUUGUAGAUCAAACUUAUAACUUUCCAUUACAAGAUCAAACUCAUGCUACUCCUAUAAAAGCGCAUGACGCUCCUUCAGAAAAUCAAACUCAAGAUACUCCUAUUGAAGAUCAAACUGGUGAUGCUAUUUCAGAAUAUCAAGCUGGUGAUGCUCUUAUAGAAGAUCAAACUCAUGAUACACUUACAGCAGAUCAAACUUAUGAUGCUCCUACAGAAGAUCAAACGCUUGAGUCCCCUUCAGAAAAUCAAGCUAAUGCAACUCUAAAAGAACUAAAAGCUCCCAAUACUCUUAAAGAAGAUCAUGAUCCCAAAAUUCUUUCAGAAGAUCAAGCUCACAAAACUAUUAUGGAAAAUCAAGAUCAAACUCCCAAUACUUUCACAGAGGUUCAACCAAUCAAUACUUUUACAGCAAGGAUUGAGUGCAUAGAGUUAGAAAUACUAAUCUGUACCAUUAUUCCUACAAAAUAGGAACAAACUCAAAACAUGGAACACUAUUGGAACAUUAUUGGAACAACUGGCACUUAGGAUGAAAAUGGGAUUUUAAAGUGUCCGUAAAAAUUAAAUGCAGUGUAGGAUAAAAAAUGAAGUUAUUUAUAACUCGGUGCUAAAUAAAUUUCUAUUCGAUCAAUCUGUAAAAAUAUCAAUAAAACCCGUUUUCCAUGAACUCCGGAUAUUUAGUACGAAAAAAUGUAGGACUAAACUUAAACUUCAAACUGCUUUUUCAACAAUUUUACACACAAGCUCUGGAUUUUUCAGAAACUGUUUAAAAGUUUCUUUAAUACAUUUAACAAUUUGCGCGGCAAUUUUUUGUAACAGAAACAUCAGAUAGGAAUAAAUACAGAUUUGAUCGAUUCCAACUUUAAUCACAUUCUAGUUUUCACGAAAAAUCCCCCUGACCUUGACUACAGUGAUAACCAGAAAACUCUGGAAUAUGAAGACGACUUUUAGACAUACGUUAUUAAUACACUUUAGUAUUGUUACGGUGAUAACCAAAAAACUCUGGAAUAGGCAGACUAUAUUUUGACUCAAGUUAUGACUUUAAGCAGUCCAAUAAACAUGAGAGUGAGAAACAGUAAUUGUAAUUAUUAAUAAUCCUAUUUAACUUAGCAAGUGAUUAGUAAAACUAUUUGCUUCGUAACAACAUCUAAUACAUACACAAAUAUAUUGCUAUAAUGUCGUCUUCCUAUUCCCAGUUUUCUGGUUCUUACUGCAUAUUUUCAAGGUUUUAUAACAGGGACCAAUAAAACUGUAGAUUCAAAAAGAAGAAAUUUAGACAGUCUAAUGGUUUUUGAUGCUAUUACAAAGUAAUUAGUCUUUACCAAUAUAGCUUGGGUUGUGUACACUGCACACAAUUAAUAUACACUGGGCUUUAUUAAUCAUAAUUUGAGUUUAACAGUCGUGUUUCUUUUCCACAGUUUAAUGGUUAGAACUGUAUCUACCAGUUAGAUCAUUUACCAAAAAUUCUCAACUUUACUCCGCGAAAGCUGAAGAAUUUAUAAGUCAAGUUUUUACUCGCCAAAAUAUAUCAAAUGUUUUGGAAGCGUUGUAACCUCGUUGAUGAAAACAAAUUAUUUUUUAAUUGUUAACAUUAAAAAAA